GCAUGAAAUAGAACCUUGAAAUUGUAAAUUAUCGUUAAAAAAGACAUGACACCGAAAACAUCUUGCAUUCUACAGAGCGAUGAGACAAAACAUACCGCGAUGAUAAUGAAUAGAGAUCCGUAAAUUGGUGGUCGCAGGCGCUUGAGGUUAAAUCAUUCUGGAUAUCACGCUUCAAAUGCUAGCUCAGUUUCAUCGUAAUUUCGCAUGAGUGCCUGACUUUUUUAUCAGCUGAUGUAUUCAGUGUUGUUCGGUAGUACUGCGUGACUAAACAAUUGCUGAGGGAAUUUCUAGUCGUUCAACGUGUAUAUUCUAGUCGUUCGAUAUGGCAGAAUUCGCGUUAAACGAACUUAGCGGCGAACAGACUGAGAAGGUUCUGCAGCUCCAGGAUUUGACUGGUAUUGAAGACAUGUCGAUCUGCAGAGAUGUUUUACAAAGGCAUCAUUGGAAUUUAGAGGUUGCUGUACAGGAACAAUUAAACUUGUAUGAAGGACGGCCAUCAAUGUUUGCUCAAGAUUCACGAUCAAGACCACCACAAGUUGUCGAUGAUAGCAGUUCUAGAAUAUAUUUUCAUUAUUCUGGAAGUUCUAGUGGCAGUGGUAGUUAUUUAUGGUACAUCUUUUAUUUUUGUUACGAAAGAUUGAUCAGUACCCUACAGCUACUUCUUUCAAUAUUUAGAGGAAAUGCUAGACCUGUGUCCUCUGAUCCAGUCGAAGAUGUAAUUAACUUCAUUCGGUCGUACGAAGAACGUUAUGGUAGUAGUCAUCCUGUAUUUUACCAAGGUUCUUACAGCCAGGCACUUUCUGAUGCAAAACAAGAAUUGAGAUUUUUAUUGGUAUAUCUACAUAAAGAUGAAGCUCAGGACAUUGAUAAGUGGUGCAGAAAUACAUUAGGUAAUUCUGAAGUUGUCCGAUUCAUAAACACACGGACUUUGUUUUGGGCAUGUAACGUGCAAUCCGGCGAAGGCUACAAAGUAGCAGAAGCCCUUAGACCUGGGUCUUAUCCUUUUCUGGCCACAAUUGUUUUGAAAGACAACAAAAUGACAAUAGUCGGCCGAAUGGAGGGUAAACCGUCUCCUUCUGAUCUAAUAUCUCGUUUGCAAGCAAUUAUAGAUCACAAUGAAAUUAAUUUAAUACAAACACGCCAAGAUAGGGCGGAACGUAGUGCUGCUCAGUCACUGCGUCAGCAACAAGACCAAGCAUAUGAAGAGUCGUUACGCGCUGAUCAAGAAAAGGAUCGUAAAAGGGAAGAGGAACGAAGAGCGCGCGAGGAGCAAGAGGCUAGAGAGAGAGAGGAAUUAAAUGCACAAGAAUUAGAAAUUCAACGCAUUCGUCGUGAAAAAGAGCUUACCAUUCGUAAAGUACCCUUUGAACCAGAGCCUAGUAAUCCUAAUGCUUGUCAUCUUCAAAUUAAGCUUGGGGAGAGGACAAUGAUUCGACGUUUUCUCAUGUCUGACACGAUAGAAGAUGUAUAUCAUUGGAUAUUUAGUCAACCGGAUUCUCCAACAAGUUUCGAAAUAACUACGAGCUACCCGAAGAGAAUUUUGUACCCGUGCAGGGAAAUCUCAACAUUAUCGAAAGCCGGAUUAACUCAUAGAGAAGUUCUUCAUGUUAACGACUUAGACGAUUAACCUCUAUUGAUCUUUCAGUACUUCAUUCUUUGUGUUUAAGUAUCAUUCCACGGACAAAAAUGAUACUGUCGUAAGAGACAUUUAUCAAAAGAUAAUAAUAUAUAUAUAUACAUAAAAAAUAUGUAUAUAUUUGAUACAUUCAAAUAUUGAACGUGAAGUGUAGUUCAAUAUCGGAAGUGCAGUUGUAAAACGGGUCUGUAAAACAAAUCAGAGGAAAAAAGGAAUGAAAAACCGUCUGUUGUGUUGCAUCUUCUGUGUAGAACAACCGUAUCAGCUAUUAAUUAGUACAUUUCUCGUGUACUGCGAAUAACACGUUCAUUAAAAGUACACAUUAAAUAGAAAAAGAGCAGAUUUCGUUUUAGAAACAAAAAAAACUUUAUAUAUAUAUAAGUACGACUACACAAAAGCUGUACACCAAACAUUUAUUAUACUCGUCUUAAUACAUCGUAGCUUAAACAAAUCGUGUAAUAAGCUGACUAUGAAGUGUAGGUAAUUUAUAAGAUAGAUGAACGGACGAUGCAGUAGUUAUAAUUAAAGUACAGAUUUAAUAUGGUGUUUGCAAUUUUCUUAGAAUUGGAGCCACGUUGUGUUGAUUUGAAUCUGUACUUUAAAUGUAACCGAUGGAAAUAUUUCUAGCAAAUGUGGUUCCUUUUGCAUUUUACCGUCUAUGCAAUUCUGGUCAGUCUUAUUGGAAAUGCUGUUAGAUAUAACGAAAGAACGAAAUCGCAAUAGAUUUACCGGACACAUUAAACUAUACGCGACGAUACAAAUUUCUGUAUCAGAAAGAACGAAGUUAAAAGAUAAUGUUUAUUCUAGAUGAUAAUCCGAUUGUUUUCGUAUAUCGCGAUCUUGUGAUGACUCGCGGAAUGACGAUUAUAUUUCUUUCUUUGAGCGAAGUAUUUCAGUUUUAUGUAAUCAAAAACUAAAUGAAUUACAUUGUAACGUCUUUGGUUUUAGGCGGAAAAGAGCGGUUAUCAAUCUCUGUUCAGGUAAUGUAUGUUACUUUAUUUGUGGGAUACAAGGAAAUCGUUUAACAUGUAAGAGUUGAAUUGAUUUUAAUUGGUAUUAUAAGCGUUGGGAUGUUAGAAAUUAUCCGUAAUUUUCUAAAUAUUAGCUUGAAACGUUCACGAAUUAUCAUUUCUUUUGAUGCAAUAUUUUUUCUGUAUAAAAGAAAAUUAACAAAAAACAAAAAAAAACUGAACAACAAAGUAAGUGUCACUUACAAAUUUUGUAUUGCUCCUUCUAAAUGUUCUAUAGAAUAAUAUAAAAUAUUCAAGAGCAAUCCAUAGCAUUUAUACAUACAUGUAUACAUAUGCAUAUAUAAAUCGUUUGAUAAAACACGGAUCUGUGCGAUGCAUCAGAUUUGUUGACCAUUAAAUGUAAACUUUUGUAUACACAUUUUGUGAUCUAGUUUUGAUACAUCUUUAUUUUCCUUUAGAUACACACUUCUGUAUAUACCUAAAAACGGUCAGGCAUUUAGUGCCAGUGUCUGAUGCUGGAUAUUGCUAACUUUUUGUUAUAAUUUAAUGCUUAAAUAAAUAUAUUUCAAUAUAUAAA